CGGCGGCGGGCGACGAUGACCGACUACAGCGAGGAGCAGCGCAACGAGCUGGAGGCCUUGGAAUCCAUCUAUCCCGACUCGUUCACGGUAUUGUCAGAAAAUCCAACGACUUUCACCAUCACUGUGACAUCUGAAGCAGGAGAAGAUGAUGAAACUGUCCAGACGACCCUUAAAUUUACCUACAGAGAAAAAUACCCUGAUGAAACUCCACUUUAUGAAAUUGUCUCACAGGAGAAUCUUGAUGAUAAUGAUGUCACAGACAUAAUAAAACUACUAGAACAACAGGCAGAAGAAAAUUUAGGAAUGGUAAUGAUCUUCACUCUAGUCUCAGCAGUACAGGAGAAAUUGAAUGAAAUUGUGGAUCAAAUGAAAACACGAAGAGAAGAGGAAAAGAAACAGAAAGAAAAAGAAGCAGAAGAAGAGGAGAAACAACGUUUUCAUGGCACUCCUGUUACCAUUGAGAAUUUCCUAAACUGGAAAGCAAAGUUUGAUGCAGAACUCCUAGAAAUAAAAAGGAAAAAAAUGAAAGAAGAAGAACAAGCAGGCAAAAAUAAACUAAGCGGUAAGCAGCUGUUUGAAAUGGAUCACAAUCUUGACACCUCUGACAUCCAGUUCUUGGAGGAAGCUGGAAACAGUGUGGAAGUUGAUGAAUCUUUAUUCCAAGAAAUGGAUGAUUUAGAGUUGGAGGAUGAAGAGGAUGACCCCGACUACAACCCUGUUAAUUUAGAUAGUGAUUAGACUUUUACAAACUGGCUCUCAUCAUCAGCAUGGACAUAUGUAAGGAGAGAGGGGCAGGCAGGAAAGCCACAGCAUCUGUGGUUUUA